CAACGACAACAAAUAAUCCUACUAUGCAGACAGCAGCAGCAGCAAUUGGUCAACAUCAUCGAUCAAUUGGAUUUGGAUCUUCAAGUUUAGAUUAUUACAAUAAUCAUCAUCAUCAUGGAACGAUGGUGAUCCAGGCUGAGGAUGAUUCGAAAAUGGUGGAAAAAAAUAUUUUAAUGAUGAAAAAUACAAUUAUGAAAAUGAAUGGGUCGAAUCAAAUUUUGACUACAUUGACUACAAAUGGUGCAAAUGGAACAGUCGUCACAUCACCGCAUCAUCAUCAUCAUCCAAGUGAUCUAUUGACCACCGCUACAGCUAAUCAUCAAAAUAGUUUAACAACAAAAAAUCAUCAUGGAUUACCACCAAUUUAUAAUAAUAAUGAUUAUCAUUCUGAAUCAUCAUCACAACAAUAUUCACCACCGUAUUCACAAUUGAAUAAUUUAAUUAUGGCCAAUGCUGGUGGCGCUCAAGUAAUAUCAACAACGAAAACAACCACCAAUCAUGGACAUUAUUUAUCUACAUCAUUAAAUGAUUAUGGUGGUCAUCGUAGUAAUUUUGUUGAUAAAAUUGAUUCAAGCCAUUGUAAUGCCAAUGGUAUACCACCAGCACCAACAACAACAACAACUAAUGAUAAGGCAAAAAUUUCAUUAACAAAUUAUCAUUAUCAACAACAACAACAGGAGCUUCAAAAUAAUAAUAAUCAUCUGUAUUCAACUGUUAAAAAGAAUCCUGGUCAUCCUAAUCAUCAAUCAUCAAAUCUAGAUAGCAAUAAAAACAUUGCCAUAUCAAAUCAUCAUGAUCUACUAUUAUUAAACAGCAAUAAUAAUGAUAAUUGUUAUGCAAAUACAAUUAUGAAUAAUAAUAAUUCUACUACAUCAACAGGGAAGAUUGGUGAUCAAUUUAUUAAUCCAUAUGUACGGACAUCAUCAUCUGCUAAUAUGAAUGGAUUACCACCAUCAACGAAAUCAUUAACUAUGAAUAGUCAUUAUAGUAAUGUUGAUCAAACAUCAACGACAAAUGAUUAUCAUCGAUCCUUGAUCAAUAACAAUAAUAUUAUGGAUCAUGAUAAUGAUCGUUUAUUAAGUGCUGGUGUAUAUCAUACAUCAUCAUCAUCAUCGACAACACAUAAUCGAUAUAAAACAAAUAGUCUCGGUGGUAAUAGUAAUAGUAGUAGUGGUGUAAUUAGUACAGGUGGUAGUUCAUCACCUGGUGGUCAUUCACCGAUUGGUAAUAUUAAUUUAUCCAAUCAUCAUCAUCAUAGCAGCAGUGGUAAUAAUAAUGGAACACAUGUAUAAUGAUGAUGAUGUGUCACCC